AUGAAGAGUUUUGUCAUAAUAACACUAGCACUCUAUCUUUCUUUAUCACUGGCUUUGGUACAUGAAUGUGACCAUAAAGGCGAUGAAGAAAUUGACGUGUACACUCCAGAAGAUAUUCAUUUACUUUCUGAGGGAACUUUUACUCCUGCUCCAAUAAGAUUCACAUUUGAUGAUAAUGAAAUUCAAAAUUUGAGCGAUCAAAAUCUAAAAAAUUUAUUGCUAAAAUCUAUCAAGACAGCCUAAUUGUUUUAUGAAGAUCUUAUUAUUGUAAAAAAACCACAUCAAUCUGAUAUUGUUAUAACGGAUAAAUAAUGCAAUUAUCAUGAUUUCUCCCAUUACCCAUAAUAAAGCAACUCUGAUUUUCAUGUGUACAUCUAAAUUUACCAACUUUCGAGUAAUACUAUUGCCUCAGCUCAAGCAUGCUAAUUAAAUGAAGGAUUGGACUUCAGACCUGAAUUAGCUGUUAUCAACUUGAAUGCAUAGUAUAUAAAAAGUUUAGAAGAUAACUAUUACAACUUUUAGAUGAUCAGCAAAAUCGUAAUUCACGAAUUGUUCCAUGCCAUUGCUAAUUCCCCUGGUUUGUAUUCUAGAUAUAACAAUAUUUAAGGAUACUCUAAUAAUGCAUUAAAAUUCCCAAAUAUACUAAAAUGGGUAAGAGAUCAUUAUGGUUGCGAAGAUCUUAGUGAAUUUCCCUUAGAAUCUAAUGGUGGUCAAGGUUCAAAAGGCUCCCAUUGGCCUAGAGAUUUCUUGAAUAAUGAUAUUAAUACUGCUUCUUUCUUAUUAGGAAACAUGGUUUGGUCGGGUAUCAAUAAUGCUUUGAUUUUGGAUUCAGGAUGGUAUGAUAUUAAAGACUAUGAAAAUAAGAAUGAUCCUAUUAAUUGGGGAUUAAAAAGAGGGUGUGAUUUUUUGAUUACAGGUAAAUGUAAUUCUUAAUUCCCAGAGUUUUGUACUAACUAAGAUUAAACAGACACAUUUAUAUAUUCAGGAAUAGGUACUUGUAGUUCAAAUAAAAAGGACCUUGAUGUUUUCGCUACUUGUCCAUAUAUAUUUUUAUAUUCAAAUAUGGAAUGUUAAAACCCUUCAAAUAAUAAUAAUAAAUAUAAUGCUUAGUUAUUUUAAGAUUUUAAUGUCGUAUUCGGUUCAACAAGUUCAGCUUUCCAAAGUAACAUGUAGCCAAAAAACACUUAAGAUUUAUCAAAAGAAACUGUAUUAUGUUAUCCUAAUAAGUGUAAUGAAGAAAAAACAAAGAUUAAUAUUUCUUUUGAUCGCUAUACUCUAACCUGCGAGCAAGAUGGUUAAGUUCUUUAUCCUCCCAAAGAAUCUAAUUUCAAAGGAAGCUUAACUUGCCCAAUAAUUAAAGAUUUCUGCUAAAAAUAAGUUUAAUGUGAAGAUUUCUGCUCUUCCAACGGGUAUUGUAUUGAUGGAAAAUGUCACUGUAUCGAAGGAGUUACAGGUGAUAAGUGUGAAUGUAGUGAAAAUAAAGAUUUGAAUUAACCUUCAUGCAAAAGAGUUUAAAUCUAAAAUUGUAACAUUUACGAUGAAAAGGGAAACUGUAUAAAAUGUUUUUCUAGUUACAAAUUAAAAGAUAACUAGUGUUUUGUUUUAAAUGUCUUUAAAAGCAAAUUAACUUUUUCAUUGUUACUUAUUGUAAUAAUGUUAAGUUUAAUAUUCUGA